UUGGGCGGGGACGGGAGCCGCGGGCGGGGUAGGAGCCGGUGCCAUGGCGGAGAGCGACUGGGACACGGUCACGGUGCUGCGCAAGAAGGGCCCCAGCGCGGCCCAGGCCAAGUCCAAGCAGGCGAUCUUGGCGGCCCAGCGGCGCGGAGAGGACGUGGAGACUUCCAAGAAGUGGGCAGCAGGCCAAAACAAACAACACUUCAUCACAAAGAACACGGCCAAGCUCGACCGGGAAACAGAGGAGCUGCACCAUGACAGAGUGCCCCUGGAGGUGGGCAAAGUGAUCCAGCAGGGCCGGCAGAGCAAGGGCAUGACGCAGAAGGACUUGGCCACUAAAAUCAAUGAGAAACCACAAGUCAUUGCUGACUACGAGUCAGGAAGAGCAAUCCCCAACAACCAGGUCAUGGGCAAGAUCGAGAGAGCCAUCGGCCUGAAGCUGCGUGGGAAGGACAUUGGAAAGCCUCUGGAAACAGGCCCCAAGGGGAAAUGACAACAAAGCCUCGAAAUCAGUGUGCUCAGACUGAUCUCGCCUGGCUGGCUCUGCUCGGCCACCAGAGGCUCUCUUUGUAUUGCCAAGCUGAACAAGAGGGUUUCAGACUUGCUUGGGGGGGGAAAUCUGCUGAAUCUGUACCUGCUGUAAAAAGGCAACCUUAAAGAAGCGAUUUUCCUGAGCUUUGUUGUUUUUCCUUCCUCCUUCCCAGAGAUUGAGGAACUAAACCCCAAACACCACACCUGAGUUGCCAGAAAAUGUCUUGGUGUUUAGAAGCAGCUCCUGCUGAGGCACUGGGGGUGCUCUGUCACUGCACUGGGGCAAGGUGGGGAGUGGGUGGGAUAUGUUAUGUAGAAAUAACC